CMUCUUUCCAAAGCUAUAUUUACUUCCAGAGUCUUGAUCCUGCAUGAGGGCAUAAAACUGCACCAUUUACGGUAUUACUCAUAAAUCUAUCGCGUCCGUUAUGACAUGAGGACUGUUAUAUUUGCUAGAUUAUACAAUGAUCAUAAUAUCUAUUCCGAAAUACAUCAAGAUCAACGAUGACAGAGGAGAUUACACAACAUUUGAAAUUCACACUGCGAAACCAGGUGGUACUAGUAUCAUUGAAAAAAGGUAUAGCAACUUUAGAAAGCUAGACAAAAAAUUACGAGAAAUUGGCAUCGAUACUCCACAUUUGCCACCAAAGACAUUAAUGAACAAAAGCGCUAAGCUACUAGAGUCAAGACGCAAGGGAUUAGAACGAUAUCUCCAAGCAUUAGUUGAUUUUAAUGUCGAUGAAGAUGUGUUUGGAAUAUUAUCAGAAUUCUUAGAGACUCAUCUUCCUACAUCCUUACCUAGUCGUCCGCGAGGAACUAGCUCAGCUGAUGAACUUGACGCUGAAGAAGCAGCAUACCCACAAACGACACACCAAGGUGUGCUGAUGUUCACCAAGGAUCCUGUAAUGCAGUWUUACACAGGAAAUGGYAGUGACUUUUUUGAUGACUGGAAUUCUGUACCCGAUACUGUUAUAAGGGGAGCAAUGGAUGGUUUAUAUAAAGAUGACAGCAAUGAUUCACCUUGGUUAUCAAGCAGUAGCUAGUCACUUUACAAAUGUCAAUAGCAAGCAUACAUACCCAUAAUGCGUGGAGUGGGAUGCGAUUUUCGAUAUUCUUAUUUUGAGAUUUACACUCAAUCACUCAAUAUAUUUAUAUAUAUAUAAUGUGAUUUGAGGAAGUGGUGGAUUUUAGGUAAUUUUUUUGUGGGUAAGAACAAGAACAACAAUGCAAAUGUCCACUCUUAAUUUUAGCUAACUGUUGAAUGAUAGUUSUUAUUUUCUUAGCCCACCUUGCCCACUAUGCCCACAAGGUGGUUAGAAAGUGAACAUUGAGUAGUACCAUGACAUAAUGUGAAACCUCUUUCUUAGUGCACAUGCUUYUAGUUUCUGAAAGUAAAUAUGAGCAGACUUCUUUAGCAUCAGAACUAAUCCAAAUUGAAUGUAAGAAAUGAAUUAUUGUCCUGAGAAUUUUUUUUGUACUGUUAUACUUUAUUUUGGAAGUCAAUUUUAAAGCUGAUCAGUGGUUUCAUGAUAAAAGCCUCUCUGAUGAAUAUUAAGGGAAGGUCAGAAAUAGAUGUUUUAUUUUCUUAGUCAUAGGUAUUAUGUGUAUGUCAUGAAUUUUUUUAUUUAAUAGAACAAUUUUUWAAAUAUUCACAUUGAAAGACAAUAAAAUGAUGUGAAUUUGUCAAUUAUGAUAGAAUUAAAAAAAUAAUAAUAACUGCUGCUCCCAGAAUAAAAUGUCAAAAAAAGUAUAAUUUGUGUGUGACAUGUCAUCUUGGUAGUUUCUACUUGUAGAAAUGGAAAAACCAGU